AGCUUGACUGUUAGACAGUGGUGGAUAUUAGAUGACAUUUGCUGAAGAAAUGCUUGGUCCCUGGAGAGCUAGGGUGUGGUUCCUGUUUGCUCACUAAAGCGUGACAGGCAGCAGCUCUGUUUCCUGACAGGCACACCAGGGUCCCUUGAGGGCUGUAAAGAAUUAAAAAAGGGAAGUGACUGUUAGAGCGGAGAGACGAGCUCUGAGGCGGAAAAGGGAAGUGCCGGAGGGUGACUGGCAGGGAGGAGCCGACAGCAGCCAUUUUGAAGAGGUACGUGCUGUCUUGCAGGAAAUCACAAAAUGGCGGACAGCUCGGCCAACGGACAGAGACGUUACAAGACAUUGAAGGAUCAGGUAGAGGAGCUGAAAAAGGCCAUAAGGAUGGCCUGCACAGGUACGUCUAAAGCAGCCGAAAAGGAGUGCCGAGCCAUGGAAGCAGAGGUAAGCAAAAUUUUUGACUUACAACACAAAGGGACAGAUGAAAGGACAGCUCUGGAGGUUGUGCUUAGAACAGAGGGAGAGAGAUGUGAGAAGAAACUAAAAAACUUACAGGAUGAAUCAGGAGGCCGCUCAGUCAACCGGAAAACAAAAAAGGAAAUGACUGCUUUGAAGGCAAUGCAUGGCAACUGCUGCAAGUGGAUGAUGAUGUGUAAUGCAGUGUCGUCCUGGAUGAAGGACAAAGUGGAACAGCCUGAGCCAGCAAAAGAAGAGGACACGGUGAGUAUAAUGAAAUUACUGCAGAAAUUACAGGAAGACAAUGAAAAGCUGGAGGACAAAAUGGCAAAACUCACGUUGAAGGGAGAAGAAGUAAACAGCCCUCGAACACCAGCAAUAUACCCGUGGAUCCCACAACUUCCCAGCGCCCCGCCACAACUUGGUGGAGCGGAGACUCCUCCCCCUUACGUGAUGCCAGUGAUGUCCUUAGACGGAGGACAGGUGCAGGGCCCCGAUGGACAGACGGGCAUUGUGAUAGGAGGACUCGUAAAUGUCGAGUACCCAGGCAUGACCAGGCCGACCCAACAUGGAGAAAUGACGGUGGUGGGACCACACAACAGGGAGAAUGCAGGGACGCAGACGGCCUGUGCCACAGGUCCCGGUUUGGCAUCGUGUAGCCGGGCCUGGACGACGCAAGACUCACUAGGAGAAGCAGCAGGGCCGGGGGUGCCUCACACCGAAGCCUCACCCGCGGUUCCGACUGAAGAGGUGCCCUCGCAGGAUGAGGAAGACGGAAGGUCAGAAUUGGUCGAGCCGCCGCACCAGGAAAGACAGAGACACCACCAAGCAAGCAAGCAGAGCACGAAGAAGCAGGAUAGGUGGGACGGGCAAGUUCAUGGGCGAAUGCACGAGGACCGAGACGCUCUACUGGCAGUGGUGGAAACGCUGACCGAGGUGAAGCAGAAAGCCCUGAAGGAACUUAUGGAAGAGGAACUGAAGGACCAGAAGACCUCACGCACAAGGCAUAAGCCCUUGACGAAAGUUGUGGAGGAGGACAUGACAGAGUGUAGGACUUCAUCAGAAGAGGACUUGGAUGAAGAAGAGGAGGAAAUUGAACGAAGAGAUGCCUGUGAACCGGACAAAAACCUGAACUUGCGCAGUAGAACGGUGCACAGACGUCCAACUACUAAACUGAGGUCCACUGCCAGAAUGAAACGCAAAUCAGUGUUUGACGUCGUGAGGGGCUCGGGGAAGACCAGAAGAGGCAGGGCUGUGAACGAUGAGGAGGAAGGCACGAGACCACGCUGGGGUAUGCCGCUGAUAGUAGGCCCCAAACAUGAACCGAUCUACCGGGCAUACAAGGUCAGGGAUCUGGAAGCACUGGUUAGACAACUGCCACCCAUUACAGAAGGAGGAGCAAAAUGGCUGAGGAAACUGGAUAUGUUGACAGAAGGAGACGAGAUUGCUAUUGGCGAUUUUCGCGCGGCCGCGGGGAGAGUGAUGCUAGGAGGCGGGCUGGCGGACGUGGAAGAAAUUGCAGGAACAACCAGCUAUGCCAACAACAUGCCAUACCGCGAAGUGCGAAAUGCCCUAGCAAACGCAGUGCGUGAAAAGUACCCGACCCCAAAUACUGGAGCCAUUCCUAAAAUUAUUUGGGAUCCACAAUACACACCCUUAGAGUUCUUAGCGAGAGCGAAAGAGCAGUGGCUGUCAGAGACAGGGAUACAUCCUGGCCAAGAAGGGGAAUCACGAGCUUGGUUUAGAGCUGCGGUGUUGGCAGGACUACCUAAGCAGGUGAGAACUGACUUAGAGAAGAAUCCAGACUUUGCGGUCGCGGACUCCACCCAGUGGGAGCGGCAUUUAAUCCACCGGCUGACCCUGGAGCGGGAUGAGGCGAACAAACAGAAGAGGGAGCUGGAGGAAGCGCAAGCGCUGCUCUUGAAACUACAGUUGAUAGAGGCGAGAGACAAGGCAAGCGAAAAGAAGAAAGAAAAUAAGGAAGCCACAAAGAAAAUGAUGGUGGCAAAGCCGCAGCCUGAUCCCAUGCCUGACUGGCCAGAUCUGGACCCCAACCUGUAUCCUGAUGACCGUUGGCCCGUCAAUGCACCAAGGCAGAGACAACCCGCGGGAAAUUGGGGGGCGGCUGGACCAUACAGAGGGCGUGGUGGUUACGCCGGGAGAGGACAAAGGGCUCGUGGUACGGGGAAUCCCAGCUACACGUCUUGGAAUGCCUGUUACAGAUGUGGAGUUGAAGGACACUGGGCGCGAGACUGCCCCGGACCAAGCCAGAACAGCCAACAGCGAGGCUACCAAACCCAGGCACGUGGAGCUCCUAGAGGAAGAGGUGCAUACAGAGGUGGACAUCAAGCCCCUAACCCAGGUGCAGCACCAGUCGCCCAGUAUCCAGUGGUGGACUGGGGCUGGGAGGGAGAGCAAUAUUGACGGGGCCCUGAGAAACCGG